AAAAAUUACGUCUCUCUCUCUCUUCCUUCUAGUUCUAGGGUUUAGCAGCAGAACGAAUAGCCAUAGUUUUGCAUCUUCUCUUUGAGCAACUGCGAUAAUCCAUAAAUUAUCUCCGAGGCCAAGAAAUCUUCACUAACACCAUGGCCAACGCAAUUCCUCGCUCCUUUUUACAAGUGGCUUCGACAGAAGAAGUUGUUUCCUCUUUGAGAGUUGUUCAGAUGGAAGGACUGGCUAUUUUGAAGAUAAUCAAGCACUGUAAGGAGUUUUCACCAGCUCUUGUCACCGGGCAACUUCUUGGAUUAGAUGUUGGGAGUGUUCUUGAAAUUACUAACUGCUUUCCGUUCCCGACCCGUGAAGAAGACGAGGAGAUUGAAGCAGAUGGAGCUAAUUAUCAGCUUGAGAUGAUGAGAUGCUUGAGGGAGGUUAAUGUUGAUAACAACACUGUUGGGUGGUAUCAGUCCACCUUAUUGGGUUCUUUCCAGACUGUUGAACUCAUUGAGACAUUUAUGAAUUACCAGGAGAAUAUUCGACGAUGCGUAUGCAUCAUAUAUGAUCCUUCAAAGUCCAACCAAGGUGUUCUGGCCCUCAAGGCGCUGAAGCUUUCAGAUUCUUUUAUGGAUCUUUACCGCAAUAAUAAUUUUACGGGAGAGAAAUUGAGAGAGAAAAAUUUAUCAUGGGUAGACAUCUUUGAGGAGAUACCUAUUAAGGUGUCAAAUUCUGCUCUAGUCAGUGCUUUUAUGACAGAGCUUGAAGCUGAUACACCAGUAACCCAGUGCGAUUAUGAUAGGUUGCAUUUGUCAACAAACCCAUAUAUGGAAAGAAAUGUGGAGUUCUUGAUCGAGUGCAUGGAUGACUUGUCCAUGGAACAGCAAAAGUUCCAAUUUUACUACAGAAAUUUGUCUCGCCAACAAGCUCAGCAGCAACAGUGGCUUCAGAAGAGAAGGCUAGAGAAUAUGGCGCGUAAAGCUGCCGGGGAAGAACUGCUACCUGAGGAAGAUCCAUCAAACCCCACUUUUAAGCCAAUUCCUGAACCAUCGCGUCUAGAUACUUUUCUUAUUACGAAUCAAGUCUCCAACUAUUGCAACCAAAUUCAGGGUUCUGCUGGACAGAGCUUCAGCAAAUUGUAUUUGAUGAAGGCUUUGCAGGAGAAUUGAUUUACAGUGAUUGCCCCCAUCCAUCUUGGUUAUGGCUUGGGCUAUAGACGCAGCGUUAAUGCCCAUUUUUUAGCCGCCUAAGGUUAAGUCAAAAUUUUGAAUUUAAGCCUGAGAGCCGAGGGUUGUUCUUUAGUUGUAGUCUCUACUUUCUCUCGAACACUUAAGAUUAUUACUUUUUUUGAUCUUUUAUAUUUAUACUCUCUUUAUGCCUUUGCAUUUAAGUUGCAAAUACAUGUGAUAUUGUACAAUGGUGUUAUUUUUGGUGAUUGAAGUUUUUUGGCUGAUGUUUAUUUGAAGCAA